UUUGAACUUUGGGGGCAACUUCAGGGUGAAGGGCGUCGAUGGGAGCUGUGGCUCAUGGGAGAGCAGCAAUCAUAGCUCACAGAGCAGACAGGCGGCCCGGUUUGUCACAGCGGGGGAAAUGUUGUAUACUUGUUUACAAAGGGACCUGCUCUGUGUGCGUGGUCACUGCCGGGUUUUUGUUAUUCCUCGGAGUCUGUCUACUUUACCUACCGGACCCGUUUACGCCGGAGCAGUUUGUGUCUGUCCCUGAGGAGAACAGCGCGGCGACGCUCCUGAUCUGGACGCAUCCGUUCGAUCGGCACCGAAAACUUCCAGACUGCUCUGCGCUCUUUCAGAUCGCUGGGUGCACGCUCACUGAUGACAGGCGUGCGUACCCGCAGGCGGACGCUGUUGUCGUCCACCACCGGGAAGUUAGCACCGGUAAUGCUGAACUGCCACCAGCACCGCGACCAUGGGCGCAAAAGUGGAUAUGGAUGAACUACGAGUCCCCUACGCACACCGCCGGACUGUGGCGUUUUGAGGGUGUUUUCAACCUCACAAUGAGUUACCGGACAGAUUCAGAUAUUUUCCUGCCGUACGGGUAUCUAAUCCCCCUUGUGGGCACAGCCAAUAGGACUCUCUACAAUCGCCCUUUGCACCCGCUCCACAAACCCUCGCGCACACACCUCCUCCGGCCCCGCCUCUUGGCCUGGGUGAUCAGCAACUGGUCGGAGUCUCACGCUCGCGUGGCCUUCUACUACCGGCUCCGCCGGUACAUCCAGGUGGAUGUGUUCGGGCGCGCGGGUCGGCCGGUACCGGAGGACAGCGUCGGCGGGAGCGUGGUGCGGCUGAUCCGACGCUACCAGUUCUACCUGGCGCUGGAGAACUCGCAGCACACGGACUACAUCACAGAGAAGCUGUGGAACGCGGUGCUGGCCGGUGCCGUCCCGGUGGUCCUGGGCCCGUCCAGGAAGAACUAUGAGCGCUUCCUUCCCCCCGAGGCCUUCAUUCACGUGGACGACUUCCCUACUGUCCGAGGACUGGCACAGUACUUGCUGAUGCUGAGGCGCAACCCCGCCCAGCUGAGGCGGCACCUGGACUGGAGGGGGAGCUACAGCGUGCACCAACCCACCUUCUGGGCUGAACACUACUGUACGGCCUGCAGGGCAGUGAGGAGGACCAGAGGCAGGACUGAUGUGGUCAAACACCUGGCAAACUGGUUUCACCGGACUGAACUGAACUAAGGGCAAAGCCAGGAGAUCAUUUCAAACCACCCUCUCUGUGACGGCGAGAGGGGGAAAAGCUGCUGCUUUCAAAGUUUACAAAAGAAAUCUACUGAAGAUCAUCAAUCAAGAUGGAGACUGUUAUUUAUCAUUUGUUAUUUUUUAAAAAUUCUUACUUUAA